AUGUUGGAAGCUGGUUUGGAUGUAGAGGCAAUACUGAGAGGGCCCUCUUUCUCUAUAAAGAAGAUGUAUGUCCAAAUGAGAGGCAAUUUCCAAAAAGUCCAUUGGAAGAAGCUCACUUGCAACAAUGAUGGUUCUCCCAAGUGGAUUUUUGUGCUAAACUUGACUGCCCAAAACAGGCUGCUUACUAGGGAUAGAUUGGCUUCAUGGGGGAUUACUCAAGAAGUUAUAUGUCCCCUAUGUAAUGUGGCGAAAGAAACUGCAAAUCACCUAUUCUUCGCCUGUGCAUUUUCAGAAGGUAUUUGGGCUAAGAUAUUGGCAUGGCAAGGAAUUAGAAGGUUUGUACUCGAAUGGAAGGAUGAACUACAAUAUGCUACAACAAGGGCAAGCGGGAACUCGAUCAAUGCGUGCAUCUAUAGGAUGUCUAUUGCUGCGAGUAUAUAUCAACUGUGGGCAGAGAGGAAUAUGAGGAUUUUCCAAAGUAAGAGCAGGACUCCAGAUCUCAACUUUUUUGGCAGACCAUAUACAACUUUAAAAUGA